CUUCAACCUGUAUCUGAGGAGUUCCCCUAAUAAUGAAAGUCGCUGUACUAUCCUGGAUAGCUUUGGCAAUGCUAGUGUGCUUCGCUGAGGCCCAAGUCCCGAACCAACCCGACAGUGCUAUGGGUGCCGCCCAAGGGGGCAUGGGCGCGGCGGCAGGGGCUGGCGGACAAAUUGGGGCUCAAGGCAGUGGAUCGGCCGAUGCCGCCCAGGACGGACCCGGAGCCGGGAUGGCCGCUGGCAUAGGAGCGGGCGCCGAGGUUGGCGCCAGUGCCAAUGCCCAAGCCGGAGGGGCCGGAGCCGGCCGCCGACGGUAAAGGCGGUACUCCCGUUUGAAAUUCCAGCCGCUUGCUUUGCUAUUUGUUCGGGGCCCUCGCACUUGUGCACUGGAAAAAAAACAAGAAAUUUCCGGAAUAAACCACAGCUGGAUCUUAAAAAUUGUUAACUUUAUGGUUAUCGCACUCUCCGCGUUCUGAAACCCAGCGAUGGCGCCAGUUUUUUAUGGGGCUUAGUGUCAUAAUUGAUUUGGAAUUGCGGGGUGUCGCCACGUAACUUGCUACCUCCCCGUCAGCACUCACCACCCUUUCUAUGGAAAUCGGCUCACUUCAAAUAAAAAGAAAACCAGCCAAAGUACAAAUCGUUUUGGCAGUUUGAAUUCCAUUUAA